AUUUCAUCACCUGUUCACGUUGUUGAUCUGGGGGUAUAUAAAAGUUGCUUCCCAUAACCCGUAUUCAGUUGUGGCAGGCAUGACAAGCACAUAGGGGUGUUAAUAACUUGAUGGCAUUGCAGACAAUCCUUUUGCAGACAUUUCAUCGUUACACACUAACAUUAUCUUCUAAAGGACAAUUUGUACGAAAAGUGAAUAAGGUUCACUUUCGUGAAGACCAGAUUCGGUUUUAUCUUCGAAAGCCUAAGAUGACUACUAAGAGAGUCCAGCCUCCUUGGAAGGUCCCUGAAGGAUCAGAUGAUGUAAAGCUGAAGUUCUACAACAGCUUGACACGUCAAAAGGAAGAGUUUGUUCCCCAGUCUGGACGACGAGUUCUAUGGUACAGCUGUGGCCCCACUGUGUACGAUGCCUCACAUAUGGGCCAUGCAAGGUCGUACAUGUCCUUUGAUAUCCUGCGUCGAGUCAUGCAAGACUACUUCAACUAUGAUGUGUUUUACUGUAUGAACAUCACCGAUGUUGAUGACAAGAUUAUCAGACGAGCCAGACAGAAUCAUCUAUGGCAGAAUUAUAUUGGUGAAAAGCAUGCAUGGAAGAAGGUCAUGGAUGAUACGUUGCAGGCCAUGAAGCCAUUCUCUGUCAAAAUGACCACAGAAACGGACUUAGACAAGAAAGCUAUGUAUGAGCGGCAAAAAGUGAAGGUUGACCUGGCUGUUAACAACUUAGAGUCUGUGAUGAAUAACCAAUCAAAAGACGAGGCAGCCGUUCAAGCAGCAAAAGAGAAUCUCUUGGAGUCUUCAAAGGACAUCAUCAGUGAUUGGCUAGACAAAGCCCAUGGGUCAGAGGUCACUGACAACUCUAUCUUCUCCAGUCUGCCAAGGUUCUGGGAGGAGGACUACCACAAGGACAUGGAGUCCCUCAACGUACAGUCCGCUGACGUCCUGACCAGGGUCACUGAAUACAUCCCAGAGAUCAUUGAAUAUGUCCAGAAGAUCAUUGACAAUAAGUUCGCCUAUGAAUCAAAUGGCUCUGUCUACUUCAAGACAACUGACUUUGCUGACACAGACGGCCAUUUCUAUGCUAAGUUGGUGCCUGAGGCUAUUGGUGAUGCCGAUGCACUUAAAGAAGGGGAAGGUGAACUUAGUGUAUCUGAAUCUCAGCUAGAAGAAAAGAAAAGCCAGAAUGACUUUGCUCUUUGGAAAGCUUCCAAACCAGGUGAACCAUCUUGGGAGUCUCCAUGGGGUAAGGGACGUCCUGGCUGGCACAUUGAAUGUUCCGUGAUGGCAAGUUGUAUUCUGGGAGAAUCUUUGGAUAUCCACACUGGAGGAGUCGAUCUCAAAUUUCCUCACCAUGACAACGAGUUGGCUCAGGCUGAGGCGUACUACAAAAACGACCACUGGGUUCGGUACUUUCUCCACUCCGGUCAUCUGACCAUUGACAACUGCAAAAUGUCCAAGUCACUUAAGAACUUCAUUUCCAUCAAGGAUGCUCUUAAGAAACACACAUCUCGACAGCUGCGCCUGCUUUUCCUCCUUCAUGCCUGGAAGGACACACUAGACUAUGGUGAAAACAGCAUGGAGGUUGCUCUCAAGUAUGAAAAGAGCUUCAAUGAGUUUUUCCUCACAGUUAAGGAUGUCCUACGUAUGACCCCUAGCACUGGGCUGGCGUCCUUUGAGAAGUGGACAGAUGAUGAAUUACAGAUGAAUGAAACCUACCUAGCCAUGAGAAGAGACGUGCAUGCAGCCCUGUGUGAUUCCAUCAACACCCGUCAGACCAUGGAAGUGAUGCGAGAAGCCAUGUCUGCCUGUAACAUCUAUAUGACCAAGUGUAAGGUGGACAAACGCUUUCCCAAUCGCAAGCUGCUCAAAAACAUGGCCACCUACAUCACAGACAUGCUCAGGAUUUAUGGUGCGAUAGAGACCGAGACUGUGAUCGGAUUUCCCCAGGGUGGAGCAGCUAGUACUGAUUUGGAAGAAACGGUGAUGCCAUAUCUCCAAUCAUUUGCUCAGUUCCGAGACGAUGUGAGAAAAGUCUCCCGGGAGCAGAAAGUGUUUGACAUCCUGAAGAUUUGUGAUCAGGUCCGUGAUGACACUCUGCCGAAUCUCGGUGUUCGACUAGAAGACCACGAUGAUAGACCUACGGCUAUUAAACUGGUAGAUCGGGAGACUCUUCUCAAAGAGAGGGAGGAAAAGAUCAGGCAGCAGGAACUCAAACAAAAGGAAAAGGAACGGAAGAAGAAAGAACAAGAAGCGGCUAAGGAGGCAAAAGAGGCACAAGCAAGAAUUCCUCCGUCAGAACUCUUCAAGAAGGAGACCAAGAACUACUCUAAAUUUGAUGACAAGGGCAUUCCUACCCAUGAUGCUGAGGGAAAAGAACUUACUAAAUCAGCUAUUAAAAAACUUACCAAGAUGUAUGAUGCUCAGGAAAAGGUUUACAACAAGUACCUGAAAAGUCAGGAAGGUGGAGCCACUGGGGGUCCAAGUCAAUAAAAUGUGUGACCAUUUGAAUGGCAUCAAUAUUGUAACAUUAUCGUGUAUAAACACUUAGAUGGACACUUGGCAUUCACACAGCUUGUAGUAGUUGUGGUUAUUUAAAUUAACUAACUUUUAAUUUUGAUCCACCCAUUUAAAAAAGUAGGAACACCUAUUUCCUGUUCCUGGUGACUGUUACAUAAACUGUGUAUCAUUGACAAACAUUUCUUGGGUAUAUAAUCACCCAAAUUAAGCUUUUCAUGUUUAAUGUUGUGACUUGAUCUUAUGAUGUAGACUGUAGUGCUUUUCCAUAUAAAUGGUUUGUGUCCCCAAGUCUUUAAAGUAGGAAUUAUAUUCUACUGGUCAUAUAAUGCUGGUAAAAUUCAUCUAUUUAUAUCUUUCUCAAUGAAUAAAUCAUGAUACUAAAUCCAUUGAUGAUGCAAUAUUCUCAUAAAAUCAACACACACUAGCUGGAGGUCAAACAGUCAACACAGACUACAUUUUUUAGCUGGAAGUCAAACAAUUGAUACACACUAGCUGGAGAUCAAACAGUCAACACCCACUAGCUGGAGGUCAAACAGUUGAUACACACUAGCUGGAGGUCAAACAGUUGAAACACACUAGCUGGAGGCCAAACAGUCAACACCCACUAGCUGGAGGUCAAACAGUCAACACACACUAGCUGGAGGUCAAACAGUUGAUACACAAUAGCUGGAGGUCAAACAGUCAACACCCACUAGCUGGAGGUCAAACAGUUGAUACACACUAGCUGGAGGUUAAACAGUUGAUACACACUAGCUGGAGGUCAAACAGUUGAUACACACUAGCUGGAGGUCAAACAGUUGAUACACAAUAGCUGGAGGUUAAACAGUUGAUACACACUAGCUGGAGGUUAAACAAUUGAUACACACUAGCUGAGGGUGUAACAGUUGAUGCACACUAGCUGGAGGUCAAACAGUUGAUACACACUAGCUGGAGGUCAAACAGUUGAUGCACACUAGCUGGAGGUCAAACAGUUGAUACACACUAGCUGGAGGUCAAACAGUUGAUACACACUAGCUGGAGGUCAAACAGUUGAUACACACUAGCUGGAGGUCAAACAGUUGAUACACACUAGCUGGAGGUCAAACAGUUGAUACACACUAGCUGGAGGUCAAACAGUUGAUACACACUAGCUGGAGGUCAAACAAUUGAUACACACUAGCUGGAGGUCAAACAGUUGAUACACACUAGCUGGAGGUCAAACAGUUGAUGCACACUAGCUGGAGGUCAAACAGUUGAUACACACUAGCUGGAGGUCAAACAGUUGAUACACACUAGCUGGAGGUCAAACAGUUGAUACACACUAGCUGGAGGUCAAACAGUUGAUGCACACUAGCUGGAGAUCAAACCGUUGAUACACAGUAGCUGGAGGUCAAACCGUUGAUGCACACUAGCUUGAGGUCAAACAGUCGACAAACACUAGCUGAGGGUGAAACAGUUGACACAAUGUAGCUGGAAAUCGGUUGAAUCACACUGGUUCCUCAGACUGUCAAAACCACAUGAUAGAGGUAACACAGGCAACAGUUUGUUUACUCAUUUGACAACAGAAAAUGAUGAUUUGUUUGUAGGAAUGACAUUUAUUAUGUACUUGACAGUUUGGUUAGUUGGUAGUAUUGAUGAAGGAGAAGGUCAUGUGUCCCAUAUAUAUAUAUAUGUGUGUGUUUAGUUGUUGUAGAGCUUUUGUCGUUAGUGUAUUGUUGUUUGUAAACCAAUAGGUGCACAUGGUGUGUAUGUUCCAAUAUACAACUAUGCCUAUUUACAUUAAAUAUUGAGUACCACUGAUACAGAAAGAUACUGUACUGUGCAUUAUAUAAUUAGGUGUAAUCUUUAAAAAAAGCUCACAGAAACUAGAAGCUAGUGGGUACAGUAACAUACAUAUAGGGUACAAUAACAUACAUAUAAGGUACAGUACUGUACAUAUAAGGUACAGAACCGUACAUAGGGUACAGUACUGUAUAUAUGUAGGGGACAGUACUGUAUAUAUAGGGUACAGUGCUGUAUAU